AUGUGGAUCCACCCCAUGCACUUCACCCUUCACUCCUGCGCCUUGCUACUGAUGACCUAUAAUGGAAAUUUCGAACUGGUUAAAAUUCGUAGAACAGCAUUGGACAAAGUGGCUUCUGAGGCCGAGUUCAGUGGUGUGAAAGUGAUAGUUUCAAAACGAUACGACGACAAGAUCCAGAUGGUAGUGACAGACAGCAAUGGGGGAAUAAACGCAAUCAAGCUGGCCUCGUGGUUCAAGGAUCUGAUGGACACGCAAGGCACAGCCGGCUAUGGAGUAACUAGUGUAUCAAUGCAAACGUCAGGGACCAGCGUUACUCCCAUCACAAAUACCCCUUCGGUACCUGAGAAGAGUCAGCAGCCCGGGGGUAGUACUGCGGGCGUCGCACCCACUGCACAAGCAGUCGUCCAGGGUCCGCAAAUGAGUGUUGCAGGGAUCGCUGGCAUCAUCCUGGGAACCACGGGAUUCUUUAUUGUACUUAUCAUCUGUAUGGUGUGUUUCCUCAUAUGGAAAAGGAACGCCAAUUCCCCUCUCAUGUGGUUCAAGAAAGGUGACGUAGAGCUCAGUGACGUAAAUGUCGGGCGGGGUUUUGAUAACCCUGGUUACAGCGAGCAUCACGGCGGACACAUGGGACCUAUGGUGUUCUCUGAGCUUCAGCGUCGUGAAGAGACUGAGCCGACUGAUGACGGUGGCUAUGAUAACCCACUUUAUGGGGGACCCAUUGCAGACAAACUUUAUGCCGAUCCCGCGAAAAGCGCCGAUACCACUUUCAGUUUCAGCAACCCAGUUUAUGGAGAUGAGGAUAGCACCAUCUGAAAUGAAAAAAAGCACGAAUAUCUGCAGACCAUUAAAAAUCCGGCAGCAGUAAAAAAGUGGAAUUUUUACCCUGAUUAUGACAUAUAGACAUUCUGCAGGAUCAAUGGAUUUUGAUUACAGAAAUAUUUUUGUCGUGUUGUUCUCUAUUAUGAUGUGUAGAAAAAAAGGCUCAUCAUAUAACUCUGAAAUAUAACUGUAAUAACAGUAGAAGCUAAAAGAUAAUUUAAAAAGUAAACGUUAUUUGAAUGAUUUGGAUGAAGUGAAUUUUAAGAACCCAAGCUAGCAGAAACG